AUUUUUACUCUGACGGAAGUGACAUGGUCGUCGAGGUCACUGAUCCAAGGUGGACUGGAAUUUGACAAUCAUUUACUAUUUCGUUACGAUAACAGCAUAUAUAUUUUAAUGAUUUUGGACACCAUUUUGAUAACAUCUCUGGGCAGUUUAUGUUUGCAAGGAGAUGUCUGGUGAAGUUCUAAACGCACAGACACAUCAUUGUAGAGCCUGAGGAAGAACUCUCGUCUUCUUUCACCCUUACCAGGAAGAUCCCCCUUUUUAAGUCACCCGAAAGAAUGGAGGAAGGACCUUAUAAGUGUGUUAGAGAUGGAAACGGAACAGUGAAUCGGGUCAUUAGGAUGGGGACCAGGAAGAGCCAGUUGGCUCGCAUCCAGACUGAUUAUGUGGCAGAGAAACUGAAGACACUUUAUCCAGAUGUCCAUCUGGAAAUAGUUGCCAUGUCCACAAUUGGUGACAAAAUCUUGGACACUGCAUUAUCAAAGAUAGGUGAGAAAAGUCUUUUCACAAAGGAGCUCGAGAAUGCUCUGGAGAGGAAUGAACCACCAGAUCGCAACCAACUUGAACACUUAUGGAAGAUUCUGGAGCGGCGCCUGAGACAGCGUUUUCUACCACCAUCAACAAAACACCAAAUUAGGGUAGACCUAGUAGUGCACUCUCUCAAAGACCUCCCUACAACUCUGCCCAAUGGCUUCACUAUAGGAGCAGUGCUUCAGCGUGAAAGCCCACAUGAUGCAGUGGUGCUACAUCCAAAGAACAGUGGACUGACCCUGGACACUUUGCCAGAUGGCAGUGUGAUUGGUACUAGCUCUUUGCGUCGGGCAGCUCAGCUGAAGAAGAGGUUUCCUCAUCUGGAGUUUAAAGACAUUCGAGGUAACCUCAACACUCGUCUGAAGAAGCUGGAUGAGAAGGAAGACUAUGCUGCCAUCAUCCUGGCGGCAGCAGGGCUGAAGAGGAUGGGGUGGGAGGCACGAGUCAGCCAGGUUCUUGGCCCUGAGGACUGUAUGUAUGCUGUUGGCCAGGGUGCCCUUGCCGUGGAGGUGCGGGCGCGAGAUUGUGACAUCCUGGAGAUGGUGUCUACCCUGCACCACUCAGAGACUGUGCUGCGCUGCAUCGCAGAGAGGGCCUUCCUCAGACGCCUGGAGGGAGGAUGCAGUGUACCAGUUGCUGUGAACACAGAAGUGAAGGACUCGGUGCUCUCUCUGACUGGUGCUGUGUACAGCCUGGAUGGAGCUGACAGCUUGAAGGAGGCCAUGGAAACCAAUGUAGACCCAGGAAAUAAGUUAGAGUCGGCGGCAGACAUCCAGCAUGUUGGGGUAACAGCCCACAAUGUGCCUCAGUGUGCCCAGGUAGCAGCUGAGAAGCUGGGGGUGGACCUGGCCGAUCUCCUGCUCAGCAAAGGAGCCAUGGAGAUCCUGACCACUGCUCGGAAACUCAACGACGCACGCUAAGGCCCUCUCUCCACUCCUACAGCAGGUCCCAAUUUGCUCCCUACCCCUUCCUUUGGCUCUCUAACCUUUUGGCUAAGGGGAAUAAGUAGGAAGCGGAUUGGGACCGGCUGCCAAACACUGUGCAAGCCAUGAUCAGCAUCCAAGACCAGCAGAAGUCGGCAGAGUCUUGAAUAAUGUUUACUCUGAAUAUGUAUGGAUUUACCUCAGUUGUAUUGUAUAAGCUAAAUGUAUAUGAUCCUAUGUAUGUAUGAGCUACUACUCUUGAGAAUGGGUAAAUACUAGGUGAAAAUUUGUAUAGAUGCUGAGGGUUAAGAAUGUACCAAACAAAGAUUUCUGUGAGUAUGACUGACCAACUCCACACACAGUAUUACAACUGAACCGUAUGACACAUCUCAGGCAAGGCCCCUGGCCGUUUUUUAAUCACUUUUCUAAACCAGAACAAAAUGAUAAAACCUGGAAUAUAUUGACAGCAAGAGAAUGUUGUCACAAGUGAAUAUAUAACUAUCAACUCUUACUGGAAAAUGUCUCAUACCGAUAGUGCCAUGUUUGUAUACAGUAUGUGCUUUCUAUGAAGCCUUCAUAUCUGCUUCAGCUCUAUAAAUACCGACCAGUUGUACUGAGUGAUUAGUGCUUUGAGGUCGUUUCGAUUAUUAAAAAAAUUAUCACUGGUUUAGAUUUGUAGUUAAAUGUUAUACAUUAAAUGCAGUAACAGAUUAAAUAAAAGUCCCAUGAUGGUAGUGACUGCCCAUCAGUUUA